AUGUGUACUUCCCGCGCCGCUCUGCCCCCCUUGAGGUCGCUGUCCGACUACGGCAUAGGGCGCAAGAGCAUCUGGGAGGGCAGUGUGGGGCUCUUCCUGCUGGCAGGCUCGGCAGCGGCAGUGGCGCUGGUGGCAUGGGCUCGCGGCAAUGCCAUGCGUACGGGAACGCCGUACAAGGCAACCAUUGAGUUCCCGCUCGCUUGCGGCAUCACGAUCGGGACACCAGUUCGCGUUCGCGGCGUCCAGGUGGGGCAGGUGCUGGCGGUGAAGCCCUCCCUGGAGCGCGUGGAUGUGCUGGUGGAGGUGAACGAUGUGAGUACGGUCAUUCCCCGUAACUCGGUUAUAGAGGCCAACCAGUCGGGCCUUAUUGCGGAGCCCCUGGUGGACAUAACACCGCAGUUCCCAGUUCCCAGCUACACGGCUCUCCCCCACGAGCCCCAAUGCGCGGAGGAGGGCGUGUUGGUGUGUGAUAACGGGCACAUCCCCGGGCGGCAGGGGGUGGCUCUGGACGACCUGGUGUAUAUCAUGACUCGACUCGCCCGUCAGGCCGAAUCAGACGGUGUGGACAAGGUGUUUGCGGCGGCUGAGUCCGCCACCGCCCUCAUGGCGGAGGCAAGGCCGCUGGUGGCCACCGCCGCGGACCUGGUGGCGGAGCUGACACCGCUGCUGGUGGAGCUGCGGAGCGGGGGACUGGUGGGCAACAUUGAGGCGCUCACACGUACUGCGGCUGAUGCCGCAGCCGACAUCCGGCGGCUGCAAUCUGCCGUGCUGACGGAGGACAAUGUACGGGCGCUACGACAGGCGGUGCUGACGCUGUGCAAGACUCUCGACCACGUGGAGAGCAUUAGCAGCGACGUGUCCCUGUUGGCGCGGGACUCCGGAGUGCAGAGGAACCUCAAGACGCUGGUACAGGCGCUGUCAAGGCUGCUUGACGAGUAG